AUGGUCAACAUCGGUCUCUCCCUCCUCGCCUUCGCGGGCGCCUCAAUCGCCGCCCCGUCUGGCAGGCGAUCCGAGAUGGGCCUGACUGCCCUCUCAUACCCCGACACAGAAGCCAUCCAAACCCUGCGCGAGAUGGGCAAGAGGAGCAUGCCCGACAUCCAGUACGCCAAGCGGGACUACCCUGACAUGGACGCUAUCCAUGCCCUGCGCGACAUGGGCAAGAGGAGUCUGCCCGACAUCCAGAUCCCUGGGGACCAGCCCGCCAAGCGCAGCUUCCCCGACGUGGAGGCCAUCAACAACUUGCGCGCCAUGGGGAAGCGCUCGCACCCCAAGCGCUCGUUCCCCGAUACCGAGGCCAUCAACAACCUGGGUGCCGUGGGCAAGCGCAGCCUCCCCAAGAGGAACUUCCCCGACACCAAGGGCAUCGACAAGCUCCGCGCCAUGGGCAUGCGGAGCGCGCCCCAGGUGACACGUACCAAGCGCUCGUUCCCUGACAUGGACGCCAUCAAGCAGCUCCGUGCUAAGGGCAAGCGUGGCCUGCCCAAGAGGAACUACCCUGACACCGAGGCUAUCAACAACCUGCGUGCCAUGGGCAAGCGUGGCCUCCCCAAGAGGAACUACCCUGAUACUGAGGCUAUCAACAAACUCCGUGCCAUGGGCAAGCGGGGCCUGCCCUGA